CGGGUUUCGAGUAAGAUUUAUCUGUAUAACCUCUCAAUUCUGAAAUAAGGUUUGACAUUAUCACUUCAAGAGUAGUAAAAACAAGGUAAAUUUAAGUAAACAUCAAAUAUCCUCUGCACUAAUGGACUCCGAGCUCCUGAUAAUCCAAAAAGCUUCCUGAGCAUAACACAGAGGCCAGGAGAGCAGGGCAAUGUUAAGGAAUCCAGCUGUAGUCACUAGAGUACGACGAAGAAGUUACAAAAUGAGUAGUGAAUUUAUCUCACUUCUCAAAGAUUCCAGAGCGGGACGGGAUUGUCACCGGCACAAGCUUUACAAUUAUCAGCAAAUUAUCAUCUAAGCCCACCAGCACUGCUAGAAUUAAACCGGCCCUCUGCGACCCUGCCUUGCCAGAGAGGCUUGGGCUUAGAUGAUCUCCACGGGUCCCUUGCAAACCCCAGAAUUUCCAGCAAUUCCGAGAGAAGGCAGAAAACGGGUGUAGGCGCCCGAACGCUGGCAAACUUUCUCCGCUCCGACUUUGGGAGCUCACGCCUUCCCACCGGCUCAGCCCGGCCCCGCCCGGCCCGCGGCGGCUCCUCCCCGGAUCCCAAGGCCGGUUUAAAGCGGCGCCGGGGGGGCGGCCCCGGCGGGGUCCCGCUGCUGCAGCGCCCGGCCAUGGCCCGCGACCGCGGCCCGCCCGUGCUGCGGCCGCCCCGCGCCGCCGCGCUGCCCGCCGAGCCCCGCGGCUGGGGCUGGCUGGGCGCGGGGCUGUGGCCGGCGCUGCUCGUCGGGCUGCUGGCCGCCAUCGUCGCCUGGUUCUGGUACGGCGACGGCGACGGGCGAGCCGAGGCGGCCGGCAGAGAGGGGCCCCGACGGGCGAGCGCGGGGGCGGCGACCACAGAGGAUGCUGCGGCGGGCGGGGAGCCGGGGCGGCGGGAGGCGGCGGCUGCCGCCCCGUCCGGCCCUUGGAACCCAGGAGAGGAUCGGGCGGCUGUUUCAAGGGAAGAGCUUAACCAUGUCCCGAGCGGUGCAGUUUUGGGAGAACCUGUGGAGCUGGAGCAGCUGAUCCCGAAGCACGGCGUCACGGAGCCGGGGGAGCAUCCGGCUGAUAUGGCCGGCAGCCAGGCAGGCGAACUGGAAGCCCAGGUGGGACAGGCAAGUGACGGAUGGUGCGUGAUGAACUUGGCAGGAGCCUCUGACGAUGAGUGUAAAGGCAGAAGUGAGGAGCAGCCGUGUCAGCCAGCCGAGAGGAGGGACUUGGACCAUGAAGAGUGGGAAGUUGUUUCUGAGCACCUGGUCGAAGGGAAGGAUGGCAGCAUGGAAGACUCAGACAGCAAGGAAUGGGAACCAGGAGACUGCUGUGACGGGGACUGGAAAGCCAAGCGAGUUGCAGCCGUGCCCCCCAUGUUCCAGAACAUCCACGUGGCUUUCCGUGUGCACUACAUCACCCACUCUGACACACAGCUCAUCGGCGUCACCGGGGACCACGAGUGCCUGGGCCAGUGGCACAGCUACGUCCCCCUCAAGUGCGACAAGGAUGGCUUCUGGUCUGAAUCCAUCAGUCUGCCCGUGGACACCAGGGUAGAGUGGAAAUUCAUCUUGGUGGAGAACGGCAAGGUCAGACGCUGGGAAGAAUGUGGUAACAGGACCCUAGUGACUGAACACGAAGAUCAAAUUGUUCAUCAGUGGUGGGGGUAUCAUUAAUGGGAAGGUGGAAGCUGCUGGUCUAAUGGCAGACCUGCCUAGGUGAACCACCGAGCCCCUAAACCUUAGGGGGGCUCCCCUUCUUCUCUAGGAGACCCUCUGGAGUGCAGAGCUCUGGAAAUCCCGUAUUGAACCACGUAAGCAGCAGAUCUCCUUAGGAAAUCUUUUGGCUACCUGGAAAAUCAACUUUGAGUGCGUGCUGAAGAGACACAAGGUAGGCUAAGAAGGCGUGAGCAGCAUUCCAAGCACCUGCCCGUCCAGGUCGAUCUGGACCCUGGACUUGAGUUAGUGUUGCUUUGAGUGGUGCAUCUUGGUAUCCACUGCUUGGGCUUGGGGAGUGUACUGGGAGCUGUGGUUACCAACACUGUAACAGGAACCUAAGUGUUUUUAUUUAUGUAAUGUGUUAAGGAAACAAUAAACAUUUUCAGAUUGACAGUUCAUUA